UAUGUAAGAGCCAUGAGAUGCUUGGUCUCACUUUUAUUAGUUAUUCUCAUAACACUUGCCAACUAAGAGCCUAAACAUUAGUUAUUUUUCCCCAUCUCUUAAAGCAAUAAACAAACAGUUGAGCAAUAUAAAAGUUGUUGAUCACAGACGUCAUAGGGGGCCUUAAAGGAACUUCAAGUAAGAGCCCUGAGCAUUAAAUCUUGACCGAUAUAUCAUCCAUGCUGAUAAAUUAUAUAUUAAUUUCAACGUAUAUAUUGGCUGAUGAAUAACAAGAAACUGAAGUAUACAAAUGGCAAAGAUAUGUUUGAACUAAUAAAAGAACUGUGUCACAAGGAACAGACAAGUUUAUUUUACAACUGCUCAACAUAAUCCUUUACAAUCCAAACAUUAAAGAAUUAUUAUCAAAAAAAAGUAUAAAUAUCACUUUAAAGUGUACUUGGCAUGGCUCAGACUCUGCUGAGCAUGGAUAGGUAUUUCAGCUUUGCGUUUGUUUUGUUAUUCAUACUUUCAGAUUUACAAAAUAUUUACAUCUCUCCAGCAGCAAAGUUAAACCCGCUGUGUGCUGCUCUGCAUUGACAGCUAUUUAUUUCAGGUGGCACAGCUUCCAAUAACAGCAACAGACGAACAGUAACGUUCAGGGUCGUUGGACUUUAACAUCAACUGGAUUUGAUGUGGCGAUAAACUAGCGUACCUGCGCAUGCUAUCUUGAAGGUGAGGAGAUGUUCAUCCUACAUUUCCUACGCGUACCUGAAGGCACCGCACUUGUUGAAGGGUUUCCGUCUGUGCGUCAUGGAUGUAUGAGUUGCAUUAACGCAGAUAAAGUUUUGUACACACUUCACCAGCAGGUGGCGCACUUCAUACUUUAGCCCGCUGCAUUCAAAGGCAGUAACGUUACCGGAUUAAUCAUAUUUCUGAUUCGUGAAAUGGCAAACUUAAUCAGUAUCUAUGUGACUUGACUGAAAAAUAAAAAAAUACUGUUGAGCACUUAUCCGCAUGAUUGAACACAAGUGUAGACGGUGAGAUUUCAGGCUCCGCCGUGGAUCGCCAUCGAUACAGCGCGUGUCCGUGCACAGGCUGCACACCACAUCCAUCUGUACCCAGAGGAGGAGCGGAGAGGCAGGGCAGCGGGUCUACGACAUGGCGAAAGAAGGAGCAGAUAUGACGGAGGAGACGCAGUACAUGAUCGACACAAAUGUCGGGAAAGAACCAGUGGAAAACGUGGAAUCGUCGGGCGAUGCGAAGGAAAUGCGAGCGGUGGUACUGGCAGGCUUUGGAGGUCUAAACAAACUCAGGGUAACCAAGAAGCCAAUGCCCGAGCCUCAGGAUGGUGAAGUGAAGAUACGCGUCAAAGCAUGUGGCUUGAAUUUCCUGGAUCUGAUGGUACGCCAGGGGACUAUUGAUAACCCUCCGAAACCCCCCCUUGUCCCUGGGUUUGAAUGCUCUGGAAUAGUAGAGUCGGUAGGGGAAAACACAACAGGAUUUGAGAUAGGCGACAGAGUUAUGGCUUUUGUCAAUUACAAUGCCUGGGCAGAAGUUGUUUGCACGCCGGUGGAUUUUGUCUACAAGAUGCCAGAGGAAAUGUCUUUUGCUGAGGCUGCUGCAUUCUCCCUGAACUUUGUGGCUGCCUAUAUGAUGCUUUUUGAGGUUGCCAAUUUGCGAGAGGGGAUGUCAGUGUUGGUACACUCAGCAGGAGGUGGUGUAGGUCAAGCAGUGGCUCAGCUGUGCUCAACUGUGCCUAACGUGACCGUGUUUGGGAUCGCCUCGUGUUUCAAACAUGCAGCCAUCAGAGACUCUGUGACUCACCUCUUUGACAGAAACAUUGAUUAUAUGCAAGAGGUGAAAAAGAUUUCUCCAGAGGGAGUAGACAUUGUCUUGGACUGCCUGUGUGGGGACAACACAGGGAAAGGCCUGACUCUGCUGAGGCCUUUGGGAACCUACAUACUCUACGGCGCGUCAAACAUGGUAACUGGGGAAACAAAGAGUUUCUUCAGCUUUGCAAAAUCUUGGUGGCAGGUGGAGAAGGUGAACCCUAUUAAACUAUACGAGGAGAACAAAGUCAUAGCAGGAUUCUCGCUCCUCAACCUUCUCUUCAAACACGGGAAAUGUAGUCUUGUGAAAUCAGUGAUGGACAAACUCUUGUGUCUCUAUGACCAAAAGAAGAUCAAGCCGGUUGUGGACUCCCUAUGGGCGCUGGAGGAGGUAAAAGAGGCCAUGCAGAGAAUUCAUGACAGAGGCAACAUAGGAAAACUCAUUCUGGAUGUUGAGAAGUCUCCCACCCCUCUGAUGGCCAGCGACAGCACAGAGACCAGUGAGGCAGGAGAGGAAGAAGAGGAGCCAGAGGGAGACAACGACAGCAAGGAGCGAAUGCCUUUCAUCCACUGAACAGGUCUAGAGACUGCAGAGGCUGCACAGAUUCACCAGAGGAACCCAACCACACACGCGUGUUGUGCAGUACGUGCGUAUGUAUGUAUGUAUGCAUGUGCUGUAUGCAUGUAUUCAUGUAUGCAUGAAUGGAUGUAUGUACAGUAUAUGUUUGUGCCUCUUGUCUGUUACCUUUUACUUAUCAGCUGAUUGGUCAAGCAAAGGUUUUGGGUAAACCCAGACAAACACCCAGGCAACAGAUGCAAGUGCCAAUCUCAAUAUAGUAUUAUAUUAUUUACGGUAUUAAGAAGUCAUGUCAUGCGAGCCAAUAAUGUAAUUGUGUCCAUUUCACAAUUAAUUGCAUCUGCCAACUGUUUAUUGACUGAAUGGGCAUUAAAAUCUGCUGACUUGCUAUUGUCACUUUAAAAUGAACACCCUUAAAAACUUAAUUUACUAAUGCACACACAGGUCGUAUACUAUAACAAGCUUCACGUGUCUUAAUAUUUCACAAUACAGUGCUAUUUGAUUCUCACCUGUCCUCAGUGAUGACAGCUGUAAAAAAUAAAAGCAAACGAUUGACAUAAGUUUGAGAAAAUGACGACUCCAAUGUUUUGAUGCUUCUGGCCAAGAGAGUGAAUUACUUUCUCAUGUCACAACAGUUAUGUGUAAGCCACGAGAGCUAGAGAGGUCUGUGUGUAGAUAUUAGCAUGAUUCUUAAUUCUUAGGGGGAUCACCAGUGCCUUCAAGCUACAAAUGAGCGUUUGAUACUUGAAAUGGUUUCCUUGUGUGAAGUUUGCAUUGAACAAACCAACAAAAUAGGUAUUUUUAACUGGAAUAUGAAAACAGAUGCGUAAACUAUUAAAAACUUGUUGUUUACUUGCUGGUGCCUCACAACAAAAGUGCCAUACGACUCCAACAUCAAUUAUUUUUACAAUGAGCUGGUGUCUCAAAGCAGGGCGAUUUAGGUCUGAGCAACGCUGUGUAUUACUUUAUUUAAGUCCGAUGCCCUCUGCUUUACUCCACACCUGCGUGUUGUUGAUGAAAUGUAAGAGAACCUUCACGCUCACAUAUUCAAAUGACUGAUCUGUUUUUAUUUUUAAUUUAAUCCAAGUAAAAACAAACUAUUGUUUUCACUAUUUCUUGGGCCUUGCUUAUUCUGUGUAUUUUAUAUCUGCUAGUCAUCUGAAUUAUUUAUUACUUUACUUGAAUUAUUAAAUUGAAACCAGAGUACACAUCAAAAAGUAUUUUCUCAAUUAUAAAACAGUGACAUAAGUCUCUCGUAAUCAUGCCAUUUCAACAGAUUAAAAAAAUGUAUCAACUUAGUAUCACCAAAACCAACGCUGCAUGCUUUGAAGUUGAAUAAUAAACGCUGGAGAGACAUAAGUGUUAAUGAGUUACACAAGCGAUGAUUUAAGUCAUUUUAGAAGUAACUUGGAAGUAAGGAUAAUGAUGUGUAGACACUGUGGAAAUAAUUAUAAUUUUGAUGCCUUUAAUGUCAGGUCUGCUGUGUAUGUGUGUGAGUGUGUACGAGAGAGAGAGAGAGAGAGCAUGUUUUUGAGUGUAUGUAUAUUAUCUUGUAAAAAAAAAAAAACUGAAGUGUUUAGUACUGUAGUUUGUUCACAAAAUCCCUUAUAAACUCUGGUUAACCUGUGGUCGUAUAUAUUUUUGGCAAAUUUUCUGUUUUGUACUUUCUUUGAGUACAGCUCUGUUUACUUGAAUAAAUUGAUCUGCAAAGUA